AGAACUCAAAGUAUUACGCACCUUCAUCCUACGACUAAGCACUCAAGAUGAAAUGAACCUUAAGCAACUUAGACGAGGCGCUAGAGUCGUGACAACCCCUAACAGCCCGUCUAAUCGUCCUUUCUGAGCCAGGCGAGAUGGGAGGGCGCGACCGUAUGCUCUCAGGUAGGAACUAAGUAAAGAGAACCUGAAAUGAGUUCAAAUUAGAGACAUUUCAUUUUGACGUCAACUCAAACCACUCAAGUGGUUAACAGUACUUUCGAUCCACCAUAUUCACUCGGUAACUGAUCGGGUCACCGAAGAAUAGCAUAUUGGAAACCUCUUUCCGGUGCACACACAUUACAACCAACUUUCGAUCCUAACUAAUAGAACGAAACGAAGUCAGAUAGAUUGUCAUGAACGGUACCUCAGGAGGUCUAACACCCCAUGCUGAAGAAGCAGUUAUUAACCAGUUACCCAGCAGGAGUGUAAGUAACAGUCUAGAGUAGAGGCGCGGAGCGGCUCGACUGAAAGAUAGAAAAAAAUGACUCCCUUACUCUAUAGAGAUUGAGAUUGAGAAAAGAACCUAAAUAGGUGAUCAGUCGACUAGGACUCACUAAAUACACAAUCCCUUCUGAACUGCGCCUCCUAAUCUGAUUCCAACCAAACUCACCGGAAAGUCGGAUCAGCAAGGCAAUGUCUGAAAUACAACUGACCAUAUUGAGUACCUUAUAAGGUACUCCGCCAUUCUGUGUAUCUGCCGUUCAGUGAGCGAUUUGACCCAACUCACCCGGACUCAGGGCUAGGGAGCUGCUUGAGCACCUGGGAAGGAAGGCGCCUAAGCAUGACUCAGGUAGUCAUUCAAGAAAACCACAGUCCACCGUUGUCAGUGGGCUAAGGUUACUCUUGACUGAGGUAAGGUUGGCUGAAUAAGAAAUUUCUGCCUACUCAGCUCCCUCAUGGUACGAACCUUUCAUCAAAAGCCGAAUGCACAGCUUCAGACUCAGAUACGCGGGAAGGUGAUGAGCCUUCAAUGAGCGGGAAUGAUCCCUCUUGAAUCUUCUCUUCCCUAUUUUUUUCUUUUUUUGUAUGUAAUUGUAAUGUAGAUUGACUUUUCUUUGACUAUUGAUAGGAAUUCUCUCUUGGAACCUUUCUACCCCCUGGUAUUCCCCUCCGGUCUUUCGUUCGUAUCGCAAAGUGGGUCGACGCCAGCUAUAGUGCACGUUCCUCAUUCGAGCUUUCUUUACCUCUUCCAUUCCAUUUUUUCCGGAUGAUUCAUAUCGCGCGUGCAUCUUCAAGUUCAAUCGUUUUGAACAGUUCACAACUCCUGCGUAUCAACAUUCAGUUUCGCGCAUAGGUGGCAGAGCUGUAGGAGACCUCGCGCCCCAUUCGACUGCCUAGGAGAAGAACGAAAGGUAGGCACCUAGGAUCUUUCCUACUCGUAUGAGUACUCUAAGCUGAGUCAGCCUUCGCUCCUCAGCAAAGUGUUCACUUCUUUUUCGAAGAGAUGAAUAGAUCGCUGUAGGAUUCGCUUGGAACGGAGCUCCAUCGUCUCGUAUUGAGUCAGGCUUCUGUGAGCAAAGAGCGAAAGACCAUCUCGGUUUCAGAACCCAACGGUAGAGAGCAUCCCGAAUGAACCGACGCAUGCGUACGUGCCCGGCUCUUUCUUCAAAACAUCAGAAGAAAGCCGGGACAAAUGAAAAAGUUCACCAUCCCAUAGCAUCAAAGUUGUUGGGUAAACCACCCACCUAAUCUCUUUCUUCUCCAAAGGGGGGAGAGUGGAGGCGCGAAGAAGUUUCGGGUCUCACUUCGAGAAAUGAAAUCAAAGAACUCUACCUUCCUAUGGCUUUGUCCAGUCAGAUACAAAUGAGACCAAGCCCCUUCUUUCAAACUAGAGGGGGUGGGGUGAAGGGGAGUUUCAAGACAACCGGUUCAAAGUAGUUCAUGAUGGAAUCUAUUAGGCAUUCUUAUCAUUUGGUAGAUCCAAGUCCAUGGCCUAUUUCGGGUUCACUCGGAGCUUUGGCAACCACCGUAGGAGGUGUGAUGUACAUGCACCCAUUUCAAGGGGGUGCAACACUUCUCAGUUUGGGCCUAAUCUUUCUCCUAUAUACCAUGUUCGUAUGGUGGCGCGAUGUUCUACGUGAAUCCACGUUGGAAGGACAUCAUACAAAAGCUGUACAAUUAGGACCUCGAUACGGUUCUAUUCUGUUCAUAGUCUCGGAGGUUAUGUUCCUUUUUGCUUUUUUUUGGGCUUCUUCUCAUUCUUCUUUGGCACCUACGGUAGAUAUCGGAGGUAUUUGGCCCCCAAAAGGGAUUGGGGUUUUAGAUCCUCGGGAAAUCCCUUUUCUUAAUACUCCUAUUCUCCCUUCAUCCGGAGCUGCCGUAACUUGGGCUCAUCAUGCUAUACUCGCGGGGAAGGAAAAACGAGCAGUUUACGCUUUAGUAGCUACCGUUUCACUGGCUCUAGUAUUCACUGGCUUUCAAGGAAUGGAAUAUUACCAAGCACCCUCCACUAUUUCGGAUAGUAUUUAUGGUUCUACCUUUUUCUUAGCAACUGGCUUUCAUGGUUUUCAUGUGAUUAUAGGUACUCUCUUCUUGAUCAUAUGUUGUAUUCGCCAAUAUCUUGGUCAUCUGACCAAGGAGCAUCACGUUGGCUUUGAAGCAGCUGCAUGGUACUGGCAUUUUGUAGACGUGGUUCGGUUAUUCCCAUUUGUCUCUAUCUAUUGGUGGGGAGGUCUAUGAAAGAACAAAGAAGUGGAUUGAGGUGCGGAGCUAUCGCUCGACUGAAAGGAGAGGCGAUACGCGGCUCGACCGACCCUUGACCCUAAUGAAAGCUCGAAGAUAAAGAGAACCGGGCUCCAAAGAAUGACAGCAGCUUUCCCACCCCCUUUCUUCAAAAAAAGAAGUGGACUAUUCUCCUACAGAAUUUUUCAGUAUUCUGGCACAGGGAUCGAAGAUCUUCUGGCAUAUUAUGUGAACCAAGAACCGAAAAUGGAUCUUGGUCUCUUUUUUCUUGUUCAUCGUAAUCAAAGAUGUUUUUUUUAUGAAAUUUGGAAUGAAGCAAGGCGCUAGCUCAACAUUGUUUUUCAUCUUGCUUUUCCCGGUUCCUAAUCAAAAAUGAAAUGUAUGCUAAGAAAAGGUACUAUGAUACAGCAGCAAGUAACCAAAUAACAGGGGAUCCCAAUGCCUUUGUUUCAUUUGCUCCAUAUGACUUUUUUGUAUACGGGUGACAACUCUCCAUUGUCAAUUCUCUUGGGAAAGUAGUUAUUCAAAAUGCAUGUGCUGGCACAAUAGUUCUUUCUGAUGUCUGAGAUUUUCCUAAAGUCCAAAUAUCAUAUCAGUUGGGCAACUAUGUGAUGAUAAGCAAGCAGUGUGAAGUCAAAUUGACAGCGGAUUCGUGUAUGGUGAAAGACCUCCAGACCAAAGAAGUUAUUGGUAUAGGCAGAAGGCAUGGGAGACUGGUUUUCAUUGGCGAUGACAUAUACUUCGACUCAGAUAGGUACUACCAUACUCUAGUCUACUUUACUCUAAGUUACCGGAUGAAAAAUCUUUCUUAUUGGCUGUUCCCAAAGAGAGAAGA